CCAUUAAUCACUUUAUUAAAAAUCAUGAACAGAAGUGAAGACGGGACUCUAACGAAAUGGAAAAGACAUUGGAAAGCAAAACUGAAAUUACAGGCAGGAGGCUUGAUAGUGCAUGAGGUGCUGGCGCAUACAAGAGUUAAAAUUUUCAACGUGCAACAGAUGUUAGGGGACCUUGUACACUGGGAAAACAGCCAACCAUUGUAAAAUAACGUUGAAGGACAUUAACAUGACUACCCCCCCCAAAAAAGCGCCAUAUCUUUGGACCGAAAGCAAUACUUCUACUUUCAACGAAUGAGGUGGGUUUCACUGUUUGAGUGGUUUGGAAGGGAGCCCUAACUUCAUGUAUUUCCAUGAGGCUCCAUCCAAGUUCCGGUUCUGUAAGUUGUACGCAGGUAGGUAAAAGCAAAACCCAGCCAAGAAAGUUGGAAAGAUGUGCAAGGAAGCCAGCAGGUAAAACACAAGAAGAAGUUCAAAGCAAAGUCGGGAAGAGUCCGGGUGGAAGCACGAGAGAAAGAAAACACAGAGGGAGAUCAAGAGAAUUGGUCAAAACCAAGAAGGAGUCAGACCGGCAAACCACGAGAAUAGACUCAGUGACUGGGACGAGUGAUGUUGCCCUUACUGGUCUUUAAAUAAACAAAGGUAAGUACUGGUUUAAUUGUGCACCAGUGGAACUGAUUGGAGAAUUAACAGACACCGUGGGGGCUCGUCUGAUUGCUGUGGAGAUAUGGAUACAAACUAGAGUCUGUCCAAGACUGGGCAUGACUCUACCAGUCGGGGGCUAGCUUGCCAAGUCAUGAUCUCUUUAAGUGUAGUUUGGGGGUUGAAAGCCAGUUAGUUGCCUCUACAAUAGCUGCAAUAAAUACAUCUGAAGACUUUCUGUAUUGCUGGGUGCUCCUAGUUAAUUUCACCACAACACCAUAAUUUCACCUUAAUAGUCGCAAUUAAAGGUUUGACUAUAAGGUACAACGUUGCACUUCCGGGAAUGUUAUUGGCUAAAGAAAUGUAUGUCUAUUUUCUCACAAGCUUAGUCAGCACGGCACACGCAAUAUGUCUUACACAGUAGUCUCUUAGGUAUUGAUAUGCAAGCUGCCUCUUUCACGAACAGCAUACAAAGACUGUAAAUCCUCAGCUCCAUCAAUCCUAACCUUUUCUAAUGGAAUCAAUUGGAAAGUUUUUGAUUCAAGAUCAAAAAGAUCUUUAACAUGGCAUCAGAGUUCUCAUCAAUUGUAUGCUGAUGGAGACAAUACGCAACAAUACGAUUUAGCAACUAAAUGUUUCUACAAUACCACAUUAAACACCACAUGUUUAGCUUGAUUAACAGCACAUUCUUUAUAGGAUGAUGGGAUGAGCAACGUUAUUCAGAUAAGGAUAACUUUAGUACAGUAAACAAGCUAGUAAGCAGCUCAACAUAAAAUAGAUUAGAUUAAGAUAAUUCGGUUCCAACUGUCACAAUUCUGGCUGAUUCAAUCGACGCUUUGAAAUGCUGGAACUGAGUUUUUCAAUUUUUUUAAAUAUCGUGAAGGCUGGUAAUGAUCACAAUGCAAACAAACAGUAACCUCAACUUUACAAAAGUUGUACAGUAUGCUUAGCAAAAAAUGUUGUAUAAUAUUUUUCCUUUGGUACCUUUAUGCAAGGAACUUAUAAUGAUAAGCUGACAAGAAAAAGCUGAUGUGUAGUCGACCUUUUUCAUUUUGUCUCAUGAGGUGGUCACAUAAUGAAGUAUUUGUUGCUCCUUAACCUUCAUGGAGAAACGUGAUCCCCGAGAAGGAGACUGUAACAAAAUCAGUUCAGUAACAGUGUCACAGGAUUGCCCUUCCCAUCUGCCUGUGAGGGCAGUACUGUUAAUCAAAUUAAACAUGUGGUGUGUCUCUGUCUGAUUGAGGACGUCCUCCUGGCGAUCCCCCUGAACUCCCUGCGAGUGCUCGCCGCCGUCGGUCUCCACUCGCUGCUCUUCCAGGUCAACAUGAGGUUUGAGGAGCUGCUGAAAGAGGUGGGAGCCUUCUCCAGGUUCCAGGGAAUGGUGGUGCUUCUCCUCUGCAUUCCCAGAAUCAUCCUCCCCCUUCACUUCCUGCUGCACAACUUCAUUUCUGCCGUGCCUCCUCACCACUGUGCCGACCCACCCUUGGAGAAUGGCAGCGCUUUGGCUGAAGCAACUGAGGCCGGGAUACUCUCGCACACCAUUCCCCGGAAACCCGAUGGCUCGCCCAGUUCCUGCUCUGCCUUUCUGUACCCCGUCGGGAACCUGUCCAACAGCUCUUCUGCUGUGCCCUGCCAGCACGGCUGGGUGUACGACCACUCACAGUUCCACUCCACCACUGCCACGCAGUGGGAUUUGGUGUGUGACAACAAAAAACUGAACCAAGCUCUCGCGACAUUCUUCUUUGUUGGAGUCACUCUAGGAGCAGUGAUAUUUGGCUUCUUGUCAGAUAAGUUUGGGCGCAAACCCAUGCUCCUGGUCUCAUUCGUAGCGUCUGCUGUGUUUGGGAUAAUCAGCGCUUUCUCUGUCUCCUAUGUGAUGUUUGCUGUAACACGGACACUGUGUGGUAUUUCCCUGACAGGAAUGUCCAUCAUUUCCAUUGCCUUGAGUGUAGAAUGGACUGAUGUUGAGCAUCGCACUUUUACUGGCACUAUCAAUGGCCUGUCUUGGACGGUUGGCAACAUGUUGCUGGCCUUGCUCGCCUAUUUCAUCAGGGACUGGAGGCAGCUGACUCUGGCGGCAACGUCCCCUUGUCUCAUUGCCAUCGUUGCCUGGUGGUGGAUCCCAGAGUCUGCAAGAUGGCUGUUAGCUAAUGGGAAAGCGGAGCAGGCUCAUAAGUAUCUGUCUCAGUGUGCAAAAAUGAAUGGCAAAGAGGGGUCAUCCUCCAUGAUGAACACAGAGGCACUGAGCAAAGUAACGAUAGCAGAGGAUUCCAACACAACCUAUUCCUACUUGGAUCUGGUCAAGACGCCGAAAAUGAAAAGAAUUACUCUUUGUUGUGGACUUGUCUGGUUUGGAGUUGCUUUCACAUAUUAUGGCAUCAGUUUCAAAAUCACAGGGUUUGGUGUCAACAUGUACCUCACACAUUUUAUAUAUGCUGCAAUCGAGGUGCCUGCCAAAGUUGGUACCUACUUUGUCCUUGAUGCAAUUGGGCGAAGAAACGGCCAGGCGUGGUCCCUUAUUAUCACAGGAAUCUUGAUUGGAAUUAAUACAGCCAUCCCUACAGAUCAUGGGCUUCUACGUACAAUCAUAGCGGUUCUUGGAAAGGGCUUUUCAGAAGCUGCAUUCACCACAGCGUUCCUCUACACCACUGAGCUGUACCCCACCGUCCUGAGGCAGUGUGGUCUAGGUUACACAUCCUUCAUGGGCCGGCUGGGGGGUUCGCUGGCGCCGAUGAUCAUGCUCCUGGAAGACGUCUGGACCUUCGCACCUUCCCUGGUCUUUGCGGGAAUGGCUGUUUUCUGCGGGUGCAUCGUAUUCCUGCUGUCCGAAACUCUGGGCAUCCGACUGCCGGAGACAGUCACCGACGUCGAAGAGGGAAGGCAUAAAUCUAAUACUGAAAGCCAGACAACUUGUGAGAAUCCUAAUGACAUAAAUUUAUUACCAAUGACCCCAAAUGGAACUGAGAGAGGAUAAAGGAUUUGUAUUACCCUGGAAGUUGGCUUUGAUCCUGGGCCAAAUGGGUAUCACUGGAAUGAAAUACCCUUGGCUUUGUCCUGCAGGACUGGAAUAAUGAAUGCCACUUAUAUUCAGUCAAGUCAUGUCUGUGUGUGCUCUGAAGCUUUCCACUACUGAUUAGGAUCCGUAAAGGGACCAUAAAGACUCUGGUAUCAUUAACUCUGGUAUCCUAGCUGAAUUCCACUCUGGGCUUGCAUUAUCUGACCUCCCAAAAGUUCCCCACUAAUUCAAUUAGUGAAGCAGUUCAUCGGUUCUGCCCUGAUCUACUGUACCGUGGAGCUGCUAGUGCCAAAUAACUGUUGCAAGUCACUCAGGUCCAUUUCACACUUCUGUGGAUGGUUGAAGUGAAUCUCCUACAACGUAAAAUGCUUUGGGAUCUUUUUGGAUGUAACUUCUAUAUAAAUGCAAAGCAUUGUUAUCUAUUUGUCAGUUUAACAUUCAGGAAGAUGAUUUUCUGGCAAUCAUGGAACAUAUUUGCUCAGUCUACAUUUCAGCCAAUUGGUGGUAUCUGCCUUCAGUUAGCACACUCCACUAAUGGCAGCUAUUCCUUUUCCUAAGCACAC